CGUCCACAGGCGGCGGAGCGGCCACAAUCACAGCUCCGGGCACUGGGGGAGCCCGAGCCGGCUGCGCCGGGGGAAUCCGCGCGGGCGCCUUUCGUCCUGGUCCCAUCCUCGCCGCGCUCCCGUACCCCUGAAGUUUUGCAGCGCCUGGAAAGGAGGCGAGGGAGAAGGGAGCGUGAGCGGAGAGGGAGCAAAAACACACCCUAAAACAUUUAUUUCAAGGAGGAAAGAAAAAGGGGGGCGCAAAAAUGGCUGGGGCAAUUAUAGAAAACAUGAGCACCAAGAAGCUGUGCAUUGUUGGUGGGAUUCUGCUUGUGUUCCAAAUCAUCGCCUUUCUGGUGGGAGGCUUGAUUGCUCCAGGACCCACAACGGCAGUAUCCUACAUGUCAGUGAAAUGCGUGGAUGUCCGUAAAAACCAUCACAAGGCAAAAUGGUUAAUGCCUUGGGGACCCAACCAAUGUGACAAGAUCCGAGACAUCGAGGAAGCGAUUCCAAGGGAAAUUGAAGCCAAUGACAUUGUGUUUUCUGUCCACAUCCCCCUCCCUUCCAUGGAGAUGAGUCCUUGGUUCCAGUUCAUGCUAUUUAUCCUGCAGCUGGACAUUGCAUUCAAGCUGAACAACCAAAUCAGAGAAAAUGCAGAAGUUUCCAUGGAUGUUUCUCUGGCUUACCGUGAUGAUAUGUUUGCUGAGUGGACUGAGAUGGCCCAUGAGAGAGUGCCCCGGAAACUCAAAUGUACCUUCACCUCCCCCAAGACCCUAGAACAUGAGGGCCGUUACUAUGAAUGUGAUGUCCUUCCUUUCAUGGAAAUUGGGUCCGUGGCUCAUAAGUAUUACCUUCUAAAUAUCCGGCUGCCUGUGAAUGAGAAGAAGAAAAUCAACGUUGGGAUUGGAGAGAUAAAGGAUAUUCGGCUGGUGGGAAUUCACCAAAAUGGAGGCUUCACCAAGGUGUGGUUUGCCAUGAAGACCUUCCUCACACCCAGCAUCUUCAUCAUUAUGGUGUGGUACUGGAGGAGGAUCACCAUGAUGUCCCGACCCCCAGUGCUCCUGGAAAAAGUCAUCUUUGCCCUUGGGAUUUCCAUGACGUUUAUCAACAUCCCAGUGGAGUGGUUUUCCAUUGGGUUUGACUGGACCUGGAUGCUGCUGUUUGGUGAUAUCCGACAGGGCAUCUUUUAUGCGAUGCUUCUCUCCUUCUGGAUCAUCUUCUGUGGUGAGCACAUGAUGGACCAGCAUGAGCGGAAUCACAUAGCAGGGUAUUGGAAGCAAGUUGGACCAAUUGCUGUUGGCUCUUUCUGCCUUUUCAUAUUUGACAUGUGUGAGAGAGGGGUACAACUCACGAAUCCCUUCUACAGUAUCUGGACUACAGAUGUCGGAACAGAACUGGCUAUGGCCUUCAUCAUAGUGGCUGGGAUCUGCCUCUGCCUCUACUUCCUGUUUCUGUGCUUCAUGGUCUUUCAGGUUUUUCGGAACAUCAGCGGGAAGCAGUCUAGCCUGCCAGCCAUGAGCAAAGUCCGGAGGCUACACUAUGAGGGGCUAAUUUUCAGGUUCAAGUUCCUCAUGCUCAUCACCUUGGCCUGUGCUGCCAUGACUGUCAUCUUCUUCAUUGUUAGUCAGGUGACUGAAGGCCAUUGGAAGUGGGGCGGCGUCACAGUCCAAGUGAACAGUGCCUUUUUCACGGGCAUCUAUGGCAUGUGGAACCUGUAUGUCUUUGCUUUGAUGUUCUUGUACGCGCCAUCCCAUAAGAACUAUGGGGAAGACCAAUCCAAUGCUUUUAAGGUCCAGAGCCAAGAAUUCGGAUUUCUUGCUAUGGAGAACGAAUCCCAGGUGUGUUGUUCUUCUUGCCUUCGUGAGAUGGAUCCUGGGUGGACCGCUGGAAAAAAGCUCAUUUCCAGGAACUUGGUGAUCUGGGGGUACACAGUGGGGAAGAACUCCAGCUCACCACCACUAUCACUCACGUGGACGGGCCCACUGAGAUCUACAAGUUGACCCGCAAGGAGGCCCAGGAGUAGGAGGAUGCAGCCCCCGACUGGGACUGUCCGCCACAUCCCAGCCAUUUUUACUGGAACGGGGAGCAUGCCAGAGAGCUCCACAUGCCAACGAAUGCUCUGUCUCUUAGCUGUGGUUUCUUGGACCAAUGGUGUGGACAUUUGUCAGCUUGCCUUCUGACAAGUAGUUCUCGGAGGAAGACUCCUGCAGCCACUAAUGUGUUGUGUAUGAUAACAAAACCUCUGGUAUGACACAUUUUCUGUGAUCAUUGUUGAUUAGUGACAUAGUAACAUCUGUAGCAGGUGGUUAGUAAACCUCAUGUGUUGGGGGUGCCCUCCUUGGGGGAUGGUUUGGGCCAGAUGGGGACUAUAUGGAGUGGAAUAUUUGACUUUUUUUCUUGUUUUAGGUUCUAGGAUAGAAUUUAACAUUCUUUCCAGUCCAAGAUGGGCUGGUGUCAUAGUCUUCUCAUUCCUAAUCCAUGACCACUUUUUUCCCUAUUUAUAUCACCAGGUAGCCUAUCGAGUUAAUAUUUAAUUUGUCAAUCGAUAUGUGUCCCUAUUUUUUAAGGCAUAAUCUAAAAUAACUGAAUUUCAUGAGAAGAUCUAUUACACCAGGGGCAUUUCAGCUUUGAAACCAAAUGUGUGUAUCCAAUACUAACCAGUCUGUUGGAUGUGGGUUUUUAAAAAAAUGUUUGCUAAACUCUCCAAGUAGGAUUUAUUGUAUUAAAUGGCCUUUGGGUCUAAAAAACUUUUUUAACCUCUUGCUUAAAAUGUGUUUUCUUUUGAUAAGAUGCUUCAAACAGCCUCCAAAAGUGUAGAUCUGAUCAUUUAAAUAAACCUGUAUGUAUAUGCA